AUCCUCGUAACCGUCGCCUGAGGAGUUUUCUCUUCAGGGCGACAACCAACUCUUAUCCCUCCUUAGAAUCUCUACCGCAAACCUACCCUCAACAAACAGACAAACAAAAGUGACCCAAUAUUCUGACGGGCGACGACGGGCUGAGCGGGAAUGAGGAUGCUGAAAAUUCAUCUGAAACAGGAGCAGACUUGCGUUGUCAGGAAGUGACUUCUUGGCUUUCCCUUCUCUAUUGAUCAGAGUCACAAAGAAAGUGUAGCUUCAGAGCUGAAUGAUGACAACGUUGCAGAGUAAAGAAGAAUGUGGGAAGGGGCCAAAGAAAACCUUUGCCCCACCUGCACAAAAAUUGCAUAGCCCGAUGGGCUAUAGCCCUGACCCACCCAAGGAGGAGACCUUGGGGAUCAGUUCCCCAAAGGCCAGGUUAGAGAAGAAGGAAGAGAAAGCGACCACAGAAAAUGGUCCAAGAAGUGGCCAGGAGAAAAAAGGAAAGCCUCAAGACAAGCAAGCAGAGAAGAAAGAAAAGGAAAUAUCAAGUAUCACCAAUGCAGAAUUUGAGGAGAUUGUCCAGAUUGUGCUACAGAAGUCCCUCCAGGAGUGCUUGGAGACUUCCUGUGCCCAGCCCAUAAGAUGCACCCAGUUAGACAAGGAUCCAGGGAUUGCUUCUUCUACUGAUAAUGGUAAUGCUGAUGGAGAGAGGGUAAUGGUACCUCAUAUUCUAGAGAUGUCAGCCACUCAGGAAGCUGGAGUAACCUCUGUGAUAAAGACAUCCAAGCCAGGCCAGCCAGAUCCUGCACCCUCUGAGAAGAAAUCCAAUAGACGUUCCCUAAGCAAAGGAAAGAAGGGAUCCCAAGAUGAGAAAAUGGAAAAGGCCCGAAGUGGACAUGAGCAGAAACAGACAGACCAACUGAAAAAACCAGUUCAGGAUGAUUCUCAGACCAGAAACCAAGAAAAAGGCGAAGGUGGUGGUUUUGGUCAAUGUCUUGUCUGGGUCCAGUGUUCCUCCCCAGACUGUGAGAAGUGGAGGCGGCUUUGUGGGAACAUUGACCCCUCAGUGCUUCCAGAUAAUUGGUCCUGUGAUCAGAAUACAGACUCGAGGUAUAAUCGCUGUGACAUCCCUGAGGAGUCCUGGACAGGGCGUGAGAGUGAUGUGGCCUAUGCCUCCUACAUCCCAGGAUCCAUCAUCUGGGCCAAGCAAUAUGGUUACCCCUGGUGGCCAGGCAUGGUAGAAUCCGAUCCUGACCUGGGGGAAUAUUUUCUUUUUGCUUCUCAUCUUGAUUCCCUGCCGGUGAGUUUUCCUGGGUCAGGGUAGGAAGGUGCUCAGGCC